CUGAGAUAUAACCGUGGCCAGAGACGCGCGGCCGGAACACAGGAGCUGUCUGUCACCAGGAGCUGCCACCAGGAGCCAUCGCUGUCUCGGGGAGCCGUCACCAUGUCGACGAAGUUUGAAAUGACGAACCUGGACUUGAAGGAGGGCACCUCCUUGAAGCUCAAGGGCAAGAUCCAUGAAAGCAGCGACGGCUUCAUAAUUAACUUGGGCCAGGAGGCCGACACGCUGUGCAUGCAUUUCAACCCGCGCUUCAAGGAGUCCACCAUCGUGUGCAACUCCAAGGACGGCGGCAAAUGGGGAAAAGAGCAACGGGAAAGUCACCUGGGCUUCGGCCCUGGCUCAGAGGUCAAGUUCACAGUCACCUUUGAAGGCGACAAGUUCAAGGUGAAGCUGCCAGAUGGGCACGAGGUGAUCUUUCCCAACAGGCUGGGCCACAGCCAGCUGAACUACCUGGCCGUGCAUGGUGGGCUCCGUGUCUCUUCCAUCAAAUUUGAAUAAAAAAUGCCCUCUGUCCCCUAGGCUGGGUUCAGCCAAACCUGAGCCUUCCAGGUCACUGCAGGGUCUGCACCCCCUGCACCCCCACCCUCAAAGCCACAAAUAAAGGAGCUUGCUUGUACCCAGGAA